UGCCCGGAGUACGUGACAGCUCUCAGGUCUACAAUGAACGCCGGCGAGCGGCGGGGGAAGAGGGAGGACCAGCGAGACUAUCUCAAAAAUAGGAGAAAAAAAGAAGAGCGGUUUGCAUCGCGUUUACUGUCAUUUCAGGACGCCCCCGCCCUCCGCCCGUGCCCCGUUCCACCCCCCUUCUCCUCUGACCAUAGCAGUCCGCAGCGGGGGCUCGCGCUAAGUCCUCCUAGGCAUGCCCUUUGUGACUUAAGGGGAUUAACCGCAAGACAGGUGGAAAGCAGGAGCAUUGGCUUCUUUAUCUAAAGACAACUGGCAUUUCAAGAGAGACCCAAAUUUGCCAUAUAAAAAAUACCAAAGAAAGACCUACCAAUGAAGUGUGAAAAUUGCACCAAAAAGGAAUGUAGUAAAAAACAGAAGAAUGAUGAUCCACAAAAUACACCAGUUGAUGUUCUCAGUUCAAAUGAUGAAAACAAAGAGAAAAGUGAAUUCCAUAAGUUGGCUAAUGCUAAAAUAUUCCUUAGUGACUGCCUAGCUUGUGACAGUUGCAUUACAGCAGAGGAAGCAGUCAGAGUUUUCCAGCAGAAUCAGAAUGAGCUCUUCCGUGUUCUAAACCUUAAUAAGAAGUGUGAUACCUCAAAACACAAAAUAUUGGCAGUAUCUAUAUGUCCUCAGUCCUUGCCUUAUUUUGCUGCCAAAUUCAAUCUCUCAGUAACAGAAGCAGCUAGGAGGCUUUGUGGUUUCCUCAAAAGUCUUGGAGUACAUUAUGUCUUUGACACCACAAUAGCUGCUGAUUUUAGUCUUCUGGAGAGCCAGAAGGAAUUUGUGCAACGGUACCGCCAGCAGAACCAGGAAGAACACGCCUUGCCAAUGUUUUCUUCCGCCUGUCCAGGUUGGAUCCAGUAUGCAGAGAGAGUCCUGCCCAGCAUGGUAAUUCCACAUAUUUGCACUGCGAAGUCACCACAGCAGAUCAUGGGUUCCCUUGUGAAGGGUUAUUUUGCCAGACAGCAGAAUCUAUCCCCUGAUAAAAUUUUCCAUAUCAUUGUGGCCCCUUGUUAUGACAAAAAGUUAGAGGCAUUACGAGAAGACUUUUAUACCCAUUUGUAUAACUCUCAAGAUGUAGAUUGCGUUUUAACAUCAGGAGAAGUCUUCCAAAUGAUAGAGCAAAGAAAAAUAUCACUGAAUGAAAUAAGUGAGGUGCCCUUUGAUACCUUGUUUGGUGGCAUAAAAGAAGAUGAGCUAAAUAGGCAUGAUGGAAGGAGAUCAGAUGGUUACCUAGAGCACGUAUUUAAACACGCUGCCAAGGAGCUGUUUGACACUGAAGUGAAGGAGAUCACGUACAAAGUAUUAAAAAACAAAGACUUCCAAGAGGUUACCCUAGAAAAGGAUGGCGAGACAGUGCUACGUUUUGCAGCAGCGUAUGGCUUUCGAAACAUCCAGAAUAUGAUUCUGAAGUUGAAAAAGGGGAAAUGUUCUUACCACUUCGUGGAAGUUUUAGCCUGUCCUGGAGGUUGUUUAAAUGGAAAUGGUCAAGCCCAGACUGAAGAUGGAAAACCAGAUAAAGCCCUGCUCAAGCAAAUGGAGGAUGUAUACGCCACAGUUCCUGUCCAGGUUCCUGAAACCAAUGGGCAUGUGCAGAAGCUUUAUCAGGAAUGGCUAGAGGGGGUGGACUCCAUUAAAGCCCAGGAAUCAUUGCAUACUAAAUACAGCAUGGAAAAACCAGCUGCCAACAAUUACGAUAUCAAAUGGUGACCAGUCAGAUUAUAAGACCUGCAUCAGGGUUGAUGGACCUGCAGCAGUGGGACAACUAUGCUAUGCAACUGAGAUUGGAGGCACAAAAAGUGAAGCGUGCUCAGAACUGGAACUGCUCUUGUUCCCCCACUGGGGUUGUGCAGAGUCAAAAUGCAGCUGGCCUCAGUGUAAAUGUGGUGAAUCAUUAUUUAAUCAUAACCUUAACCUGAUCAUCUUUUAGGAAACAGUGAGUGUCCCACUGUUUCCUGUUAAGGUAUACUGGAAAGAAAAUCAGGGCAUGCUACAAAGUGCUUCACUGCUGACCCUUAGGUACUCAAGGCCUGUGUGCCAAGAAUCCAGUGCCAUGGAUGUGCUCAGAAUGAUGUCAUGUUAAAGUGUAUUACUUAUUUAAGACUUCAUAUUAUUACCAAACAUAGUAAGCCACCAAAAUAUGAUAAAAGCCACCUACUCGCCAUGUAGUGUCUACAAUAUCAGGCCUAUUUUCUUAAUUAUGGUAGAAUGCCUGUGAGCUUGAAUUAGUUUGAGAGAACAGUAGGAACAUCGCCCUCUGCUGGAAAUGAAUGCUCAUUCAGUCAGCUUUAUUUAGCUUAUUCAACUCCUCUGAGAACAGGGUCCUUUGCUCCUACUACUGGCAUUGCUUGAAUGUUGGGACCCUGGCCCUUAAGACAACUUGGUAAAAUCCUCUAGGUUCAAGAGUAUAUUUGGGAGAUCUGCGUCAUCAGCAACAGUGCUGGGUGAAUUGGUGAAUCUUGAGUAGGCAAAGAGUACUGUAAGGCAGCAGCAAGUCCAGAUAGAUCACUAAGUCCAAUGUACAGAAGAGAAGCUAGAAUAAAGAUGGAGACGAACAUGAUAAAGCCAGAAUAUUUGAAACAGAGGGUUGACCUGAUUUAAGAAGUAGAUGUAUCAUAAUACUUUAAGUCUGCCUAAUGUUGAAGUUCUGUGUGAUGUUUUAAGAAAGGAUGAUUCAGUGACUCCUUCCUAGAAACGCUCAUUAAUUUUUAGGGCUUUCUGGGACUUGUUGGAUUUUAAUCCUGAUAGCAGAGUCUGUGCAGAUCAGUCACUGAUAAUCUCUCUAAAGAAAGUAGAUACGAGAGAGAUGCCUUAACAUGUGGAGGUUGCAGUUCUGUUCAUCACUUAUGGAGAGUUCCAUUCACAACUGGUCACUCUGUGCUGGAGCAGGCAAAGACCAGAUGUUAAUCUCAUCUUACUCCGGCAUCACACUGCCAAUGACAUUGGAAGAAAUCAGCACUUUGGAGCAGAAUUGCUAGAAGGGGAACAAGGAUAAGACUUCUCUCCACUGAUCAUAUGCUGAAUGUGUGUGUGUGUGUCAUCAGCAUGUGAUAUCAUACCCUAGUAGUUCAUGCAGCACUUGGCCAAGAAGAUUGCUCUCCCUGGGAGCAAUUCUCAGUGAACUCAGAAUUUCUAGUAGACAUCAUAGGAUUGUAUUUUAAGAGCUGUCUACACAAUAUUGGGACGCAUGAAUGUUCAGUACAUGCUCAGUGAAAGGAAUGAUCAGCAGUUCUUAUGCCUCAACAUUGUAAUGUUAAUCCAUUUUUCCCCUAUUCUGAAUCGCAUCUCUCUCAAACCACAAAUAUACAAGAAUAUCCUCUUGAAUGCUCUGCUCAGGAAGAAAAACAGUGCCACAAAGAUUGGUGAUUCUUUUGUUCCAUUGUGUUGCUCUUUUGUUUUGUCAAAUGCUUUUAAACUCUGCUGGCUUUGGCCUGUCCCAUGUUUUCUUUUUCAUUAGACUUUUCUUACCUUAACAUGGGUAAGCUUGGAUGUGAUUUCACUGAGAAUCCCAAAUUCUUGAGUGUUCUUAAAUUACCAUUAUAUGAAUACAUACAAUUGGGGUAUCAAGACUUGUAUGUUGUCCGUUUGAAAACCUAACCUUCAGUUUUAGAGGUUCAGUAGUAUCCCAGCUCCCAACAAAGGCAUUGGAUUUUUACCCAGGAGUAGCUGAAUAGUAAAGAGAUAUAGGAAAUCAAGUGAUCAUAAAGAGAGUUGCUUUUUGGCAUAGAGGUAAUAGGUAGAGGAGGUGCAUUUUAUGUACUGUACAUAGGGAUUGGGCUACAAAACUGCAUGCCUGAAUUAAUCAUGUCUUUGUAAUGAGAAAAAAGUAACAUAAAAUGGAUACCAGAGUAAAAAUACGUACUAAAACAUAUCUGCAUGGAGGAAAGGAAUUUAAAAUAGCUGAAGUAUGUGUGGGCGUGGUGCUGCAUUCAAAUAAAAAAGUACAUUCUGAUGUUACUUUUUUAGAGUGUUUGGUGUCCCAGUACGUCAGCCCAUUAAGGUAUCAAAGAUGGGCCUCCACAUUACACAGUUAGCUUUGUUUUUUAUCACAAGAACAUUCUUCUGGGCGUGAAAGAUGUUGGUCUUUUCUAGGUAUACAUUCCCAGUUAUGCAAUUGAAAAGGAAAUUUUGUAUGAAUGUACCCAAGGGUGCCUAAAUCUCUGAAGCAAGGCAAAAGCAUAGAAGCACAGUUUUCAGUAUCUUCAAUGUAAUUUAUUUUAAUUGGGGGAGGGAGGGUGGUUCAUUGAGUUGCCCUGGACAUUUUUUUCAAUUCUAGCUUUUUUAUUCUGUUCUUCAGUGUUUGUGUAUACAAAUGGACAACAUCUUAUGUUAAAUACUAGGGCUAUAUACACUCUGACAGUAGUUCAGAAUAAAUGUUUUGGAACUUGUAAAAGUUCAGCAUCUCCCUGCUAUUCAUUAAAAUAGCCAUAUCACUAAUGCAGGCUUUUGCAUGAGCCAAAAAAAAUUGUGGGUCUUUUAAGAAUCUUUUUAAUAGUGCAAUUGGUUUAAUGCAUCUUUUUUUCAGGCUCAUUUAGAAACCUGAGUAAAGACAUGGCUGCUUUAAUAAAUAGUAGAGAAGUGCUAUGCUCAUGCAAAGUCUAAAGCAUGUUCUCUGGAUCAUUUUCAAAGCAUGCACAGCCCUUAUGACAUAAUUUAACUUGGUGUUACACAUAUUUUAAUUGCUUGUAAUGUACAUGCAUGGUAGGCUUUGAAAAAUAUGCAUAUCCAUAAAGAUUUUUAAAUAAACAGGACCAGUGUUCAAACUUC